AUCAUAGUGCGUCGAUUUUGAUCAGAAUCAGCUUGACAUCUACGGGCAAAGUACACGGAUGUAGAAACCUUAAUAACUUCUGUUCGACAUUUUGAAGUUGGAUUUUCUGCUAAAAACAUCAACAACGACUUUAUCCGUGUGACAGUCGUUUGUAUUCGUUGCUGUGCGGCGUUUACACCGGAACGAGUCGGAUUACGCGGGGGUGAAGGAAACCGUAUAAUCAAAUCUCCCAGUCAUGGAUGUGGCAGAUACCUGAGCAGAGGAAAUAAGCCUGGAGACCGUCGUCUCCGCAGCCCCAACCAUGACCAGCACCACCCCUGCCAAAGGGGACUACCACUGGCUUCGCUCCUUUGUUGCUGGAGGUGUAGCAGGAUGCUGUGCCAAAACUACCAUUGCUCCUCUGGACAGAGUCAAGAUUCUUCUUCAAGGCCAGAGCCCCCACUACAAACAUCUGGGAGUGUUUUCUACUCUCCUAAAUGUGCCAAAGAAAGAAGGCAUCCUUGGAUUGUACAAGGGUAACGGUGCAAUGAUGGUCAGGAUAUUUCCUUACGGAGCAAUUCAGUUUAUGGCCUUUGACAAAUAUAAGAAGCUGCUGAAUACACGAGUUGGGAUCACUGGACAUGUCCACCGCCUUAUGGCAGGUUCAAUGGCAGGGUUGACUGCGGUGAUGUUCACUUACCCUCUGGACGUAGUGCGAGCCAGGCUGGCCUUUCAAGUGACAGGACAUCAUCGCUACUCUGGAAUUGUGAAUGUCUUCCAGUCUGUCUAUCGGAUGGAAGGAGUCUCUGGCUUUUAUAGAGGUCUCACGCCAACACUUAUUGGAAUGGCUCCUUAUGCAGGUCUUUCGUUCUUUACCUUUGGCACCCUGAAGAGCCUCGGUCUGAAACAUUUCCCAGAGAAGCUGGGACGGCCCUCCUCAGACAACCCCGAUGUCCUAGUUCUCAAAAGCCACAUCAACCUGCUCUGUGGAGGGGUUGCCGGUGCCUUUGCCCAGACGGUCUCGUACCCCCUGGAUGUCACACGGAGAAGAAUGCAGCUGGGAACCGCGCUUCCGGAUUCCGAUAAGUGUGGAUCACCGAUGAAGACCAUGAAGUACGUGUAUGAGACGUAUGGCAUCAGGAGGGGCUUGUAUAGGGGCCUCUCCCUGAACUACAUCCGCUGCAUCCCCUCCCAGGCUAUGGCCUUCACCACCUACGAGUUCAUGAAACAGCUCCUCCACCUCAACUAGUCAGCUCUUUGAGCUGCGAUCAAUAAGCCAGUUGACCUCAGUAACUAUUAGAGACUUCCGCCUCGCUCGCUGCGUCUUAAGCUUGAUCCUUAAAUUCAUCAAAAGCACCAGAGGAGGAAAUUCUGUAAAAAAAAGAUUUUAAUUUUUUAAAAUAUUCUCUUACAAAAAAUACUUAACAUGGAUUUUUUCCCCAAGCUUUAUGUGAUCAAAUGUUUUGUUGAUUUUUAUUUUACUGGAAAAGCAUUUUUUUUUUGGGAAAAUUUUUUGUAAUGUUUUAUCAGUUUAUUACUAGAGGUACAUAUUUUCUUUAAGCUCAUCCGAUCUGAGGAAAACACGUCGCUGCUGCAAAGGAUAUUUAAACUUAAGUUGUUUGAGAUCUUUAAUGUUUGGAGAUUAAGUGCUUAUUUAGUCUUUGUCUACAAAUUUCUCAAAGUAGAAACAACUUCUGUAACACAAAGUGGAAUUUAUCCCAAUUUCUUCAUUAGGUGUUGAACAAAACAAAACAAAAUAUAGCAAUGCAAAUACUGUGGAUGACAUUUCUUUUUUUUGUUGUGUUAAAAUUGACAGGAAAUCUUCUCUGGACAAAUGAAACUCGAUGGAUGUUGCUCUGAAAUGCCUGGAAAGAUCUGUUUUUCGCAUGAGAACUCUGGCAUAGUUUGCACUGAUGCUUAAUUUCUUGAUUUAGAUGUUUGUUGCCACUGGGUGGCAGUGUUGCAAAAACAUUGUAGUAUUUAUUGUCAGAGCUGAAAACACUAUUCAUGUUCGCUUCUACAUUACUGCUCCAAAACCUGUAAGAUUUGGCUUCUGUGUGUGGAGAAUGUGUUUACUUUCUGCUUUCUCUGAAAGACCUAUAUGCUUUUAUUUGUUCUUAUUUUUUUUAAUCUUUUGCCUUAUUUUGCUUUUCUCUGUACUGUCUAUCAUUCUGUACUGGAGUGUCACCAUAAAAACAGCUAUAGAUCUUAAA